GUCCGUGGACAAACACAGAAACGCUCUCGAGCAAAGCGAACGGCUGGCUGGCGGGUUCCGACGGUUGAAGCGUACCGUUCUGCUACCAUAUCAGUUACAACCGUUGCCGUAUGAAGUACACCGCACGGAAAGCGUUUUGUCCCUAGACGUUGCCGUCAUAGACAGUGGAGCUAAAAAACACGCAUCUCCCAAAACUGCCGUCGCGCGCUGCUACGCCCCAGGAAACCUUAGUUCCGCUGUUAGUUCCGUGUGCGAGUUCUUGCCUGUUUUGUGCGAGCCUACCUUUCUUUGGCCUCUCGACUUAGUGUGUGUGUGUGUGUGUGUGUGUGUCCACGUGUGUGUGUGUGUGUGUGUCCGCGCGCGUCCUUCUCUUCCGCGUGUGUUUUCAUCACGCGAAAGACAGCUGUUUCGCGUCUUUUAUUGCGUUGCGGUCGGCUGAACUUCCGCUGCCGCAGCAAACGGAUGGUGUAUGUCGUGAGAGACGGUGGCUGUCGGUGGAAAGUUGGAGUGCAGUGAAGUGGUUUGGGAAAGAUCGUGCACGUUGACAGUGUGUUGCUCUGGCAAGGCUCAGUCCAGCAGCCCACGGUACAGAACCCCUCCGCGCUCAGUGGACGAUGAUCUUAAAGUGUUACGCGAAAACGCGAAACCAACGAAUUAUUGGUAGCCUGUUGCGCCAUCGAUGGUGUUGUUCAGUGUUCCCUAGCAACGUACAGCUAGGCCGUCGCUGCCGUGUGUGCCAGUUCAAGUUGCCAACGUUCUGCGGCCAACCGCCCGAGUCUUGAUAGGAAAGAAAAGGUGCGUGAGAAGUUCGUUCCGCAGAAUACUCCCUCGAGUUUUGUUGCGGGAAGUUGAGUGCCCUUAUUAGCCCGGUUUCGUUUUGUUUUGUUUCGGGGUCAAUAUCCGGUGCCGGUGCAGCUCUCGGCUGAAGAUUGGCUGCCCAACGGACGGUGUGUUAGUGUACUUGGCAAGCUCUCCGAUAGACAUUCGUUCUGCGUUUGCCUGGAUGAUCUUCAAGAACGGAAGCGCAAGACAGAGCGCGAGACAGAGAGAGAGAGAGAGCGAGAAAGAUAGUGCAAGAGAUCGAGAGUAACGAAGAGAGAAGAUCCCGAAGAACCGGAGAACAGCCCAAGAAUUUCCAAUUAUAACGCAGCACUAGACAGUCACUAGUAUUCUGUAUUGCAAGCAGAAGGAGACGACGAAAGGGCGUAAGCAUAGCAUAACAGCAGCCAUACAACGGUCGGUCGAACAGAGGCCUAGAACGGACGAAAGUAAAAUAUCAGCAUUUUGCGUCACUAUUUCACGUUAGCGCUUAAUCUACUACCGUCUGCUAGCUGUGUGUCCUUUUCGGGACUUCUGGAAGAGUUGUUUGCGGAUUAAGUGAAAAGAAAGACAAAAGUAAACAUUCUAACGGCUCUACCGACCGUACAGAGCGUGUGUGUGAUCUUCAAUGUCUGUAUGAGCUGCAUGUCGAUCGUAGUGUACACUGGCCGAGUGUUGCCUAGAGACGGGUUUAUAACAGCAGCGUACUUUAGCUAACGAAGCGUGCCCUUUUUUGUUGUUGGUGUUGGUGGUGUAAGAUUAGGUAAAGAAAAAAUCCUAUCGAAAACCUCUGGAAGCCAUCAAGCUCAACAAUAAUACGUUCCUAAGACGUACGAAGAUCUCCGGACCACUAUCGAAGGACCCUGCUCAUCCAUCCUAUUUGUUUAUCCUGCCAACAGCAGCGCCAGGGCAGGAAAGACGAAUGCGAAUAACGUUCCUGUUCGAUCUACUAUUCCAGCAGGAGCAGCUUGGGAGUUGGUGGUUGUGGUCGUUGUGGUGGUGGUGUUGGAACUCGAGCAAAAGCCUGAUCGGCCGCUCGGCACCGGCGAUCGGCGGAAGCGUCUGGUGCGACUGGCACCGUCCCCUUUCAGUUCGCCCGUACCGUUUCUCGUCUGCACCAGUCACCCGUACCGUUUCCGGAACCCUGGAAUCCAAUCAAGAAAACGAUCCUACCCAGGAGGCGGCCAACGGAGGGCACGCGAACGGGCAAUCAUCAUCGGCGUCCUCUUCGUCGUCCGGUAGUGGCACAAUGGUGAAAACGUUCCAGGCCUACCUACCGCCAACGAACCGAACGUACUCCUGCGUCCACUGCAGGGCACACCUAGCUAGUCACGAUGAGCUUAUAUCGAAAUCGUUCCAGGGCAGCCAGGGACGGGCGUAUCUGUUCAACUCGGUGGUUAACGUAGCCUGUGGACAGGCCGAAGAGCGUGUGCUACUGACAGGCCUGCAUGCCGUGGCCGACAUUUACUGUGAAUGCUGCCGAACGCCGCUUGGCUGGAAAUAUGAACACGCGUUCGAGUCCAGCCAGAAGUAUAAGGAGGGCAAGUACAUCAUCGAGCUGGCGCACAUGAUCAAGGAGAAUGGUUGGGAUUGAUUUGCGUCGCCGGUGCGGCGCACCCGCACUAGCAGCAAUAGCAGCAGCAGCGGUGGCAGCUCAUCGGCGAUAAAUUAACCCCUUCUAAAAUGUGGAUACAGUUGCAAUUUUUUUUGCAAAUAGUCGUGUGGUAGUACGGAGCCCUCGGAAGACCAACUUGCGUUCAGGUCUUUUAAUCUCCCCCUAUAGUUUUCCAUCCCACUAAGUUGUUUGGAGGGUGAAAGGUUUCCGAUUCCGGUUUCAUCUGUGCACUGCUCUCUGUGUUCACUCGAGAAACGCACCCAGGGAACGCCCAGCUGGCUGGUACGGCUGGGCCAGAGGUCAAGAGAGCGGUUUUACACAAACACACUCACUCACACACACACAGUGACACUUUGUGAGAAAAGAGAAAGAUGGAGACGGCUAAGGACCGCACAAUCCCUCCGAGCGAUGAUAAUAUGUUUGCAACUACCCAAUCUAAUGUACCUUUAGUUCAGCGCGCUAGAUUCCACUGGCGGAGAUGAUUAGUCCUUACCUUCAGCUGCAGCUAGAAGUUUUACUAACGCUAGUUUUAUAAAGACGGUGUGAAAUGGGCGGAAUGUUGAUUUGGAAUCAAAAGCGAUUUCGUCACUUUUGAUUUCAUCAGUCCCGUUUCGUUCCUUGGGGAAGCUCGAUGGAAGCACGUGGCUGCGUUUUCUCCCCAGAGAAAAGUUUCUAUCAAAAAUACUGCCCUUGCGUUUUUUGGAAGGUCGGAUGCCCCAGCCCCUCGUGAUAACCAAUACAACUCCUGCCUUGUUUGUCAUUGCGUCACACGCCUAUGACCGUCGGUUCCGUUUCAUGAGUGUGCGUGUCUUCAAGUGUGUGUGUGUAUUCUGAUAAUGAUUAGCAUGCACUUUGAGGUUGGGAAAGUUUUUCCUUCUACGUUUUUUUUAAAUAUCAUUAGAACAUGAUUUGAAGAACAACAAAACCAACCAUGAAGAUACGGAAAGGAGAGCUCAGUUUGCAAGUGUAGGUUAAGCAGUGUGCGAAUGCAUGGUGGUAUGUCUGCUAGGAGAUGCAAGGAAUAAUCGUACGGAAUGCGAGAGUGAUAUUAGAUUUAGAAGCAGACGGGAAUCCGUAAUGUAUGGAGAAGAGCAGAGCGCAAGGAAGAUACAGAAAUCAUAAAUCAUUUAAACACUGAACAAACUCAUAACAUACACAUAAGAUUAUUGAAAUCAAUAGCGGACACCCGCGAUGCCUCGAUACUGAACGGCGUAGUAGGGUGAUUUGCAUCAAUCGUAUUUUAGUCGAAAUAUACAAAACAAGAAAACGCGAUUUAACGGUUAAGGCUUUAGUUUUUUAAAAACAAACAGGUAUAACAAAACAUCCCCCACACUUUAAGCAGACACAACCGGCAACCCGGCUAUGCUGUGUGUAUGUGUGUGUGUGUGUGUGAGAGAGUGCGUGGAAGAUGCGAUAAGUGAAACAAGGGAAUGCAAGUGAUUGAGCGUGAUCGUGAUAGAUGAUAAGGACUCAAAAUACUGUGACAUUGGAUCGAGUAGCAAAGAACAAACAGAAACACAAAAUCAAAACCUUCAAAAUGCAAGUUAAAAAAAACAGGCGAAGAAGGUAUUUCCUUUCGCACCCAUCCAAAACAGAAAAAAGAAAAACUAAAGAAGAAGACUAAAAAAGAAAUCGAAAAGAUAUAAAAAACAGGAAACAAAAACAAGACAAAACUAAACUGAAAACCAAAACCGAAAUCAAUCAACUCGGCAAUUUAGCGGAAUGGUGUAAAUCGUGCGUGGCUGUAUGGGCGUGUGAGUGCUUGUGCAAUAUGUCUGUGUGUUUGUGCGUGCAUGGGAAUGCGUAAUGAAGGCUGUAAAAGGAUAAACGUCUACGGUAUGCGUGCGUGCUCUUACACUAACCUACCUAUCAGCUCCUAAAUUUUCGUUUUGGGUGAAACUGUUGUGUCCAUCAUCUUGCUAUCCUUUAAAAUUGCGAAUGUGAUCUAAAUUCUUUCAAAUGGGUUAAAACGUCAUGUUUUGGAAAGGGGAAGCGUGAAAACAAUUGAAUAAUUACAACAAAAAAAUACAAAAAAAUUGUGAAAAAUCGCCGGCCGUGUCAGCUGCCCCUAUAAAACAAGAAGAGCAGUAAAUUUCCAAAAAGUAUGAGCACAUUGUCAGCAACGUUAAUUUCCUUAAGUUCACGAUAGCCUAACAAAGUAUCAGAACAAAAAAAAAACGAAACAUUCAAACAGUACGUAGCAAAAUGGCGCAUGGGUUGCAAUGGAAGCAUGAGAGAGACGAGAGAAAAUGAAAAAAAAAAACAAAACAAAACAAAAACCUACUGCCAAUAGAACCAAUACAAAAUACGGAAGGAAUAAGUGAACUGGAGAACCACACGAAGCAGAAACAUAAAACCAAUGGACAAAACGAACAUACCCGCCUAAAUAAUAAGUGACGAGACGCUUUCCAGCUCGUCCAGAAUGGGGCAGGCGGGUUCGAUCAAUCGAAGCGAUCGGAUUCGCUCCCUCCCGGCGCAUCGUACGACGACGCGUUUGGGCAGCAAAAAUAGCAAAUAUUAAUGUAGCUUUCCUUUCUGUCCCUAGCGAUAAUAUGCAAAGGCUUCGAGCGAAAGCGCCUGAUGCACAUUGCGUAGUGUAGUUUUGGUAGCCAAUUCUGUAACCUUCAAAGUGAUCUCUUGUGGAAGCUUUCGGUUUGAAUGUGUUUCUCUAUACUGAAAUGAUUGUUUUUCCCUUUUACCCUCCCUUUUUUUCUUUUAUUUGCUAUAAUCAUAAUCAUUUAUUAUACUUUUUUUAUCUUUUUGUUUUAUCUUUUUACCCACUAUUUCCACAACUGGCGACGACGAAAGGAAACUUUAUUUUAAAAAUGUAAGCCUUUUUUCUUUCCUUAAACAAAAAAAGUGAUUUGAAUAAUGUGAUGUGAUGUGUGAUGCGAGCGAAACGUAUGAAUCAUCGGUGUGUGAUGCUGAAUGGUGGCUGUAUGCGAGUUAAAACAUGACGUUUUGUGAAAGGAAGCGAUGAAUGAAUGCGAAAUGAGUGGCAAACUGUAAUGCAAUUCCUAUGAUUUUUGUAUUUGACACAAGAAAAGUAGCUUUUAUAUUACUAUUAAUUAUGUUGCUAUGCACGUUUCAUUAAAAAAUACAAAAAUACUUUCUAGAAAAAGCUACUUGAGCUUAUAAAACAGAUGAGGUAAAAAAAA